AUGGGGCUGGUCGACUACUCGUCUUCCGACUCGGAGGCGGAGCCACCCGCAGAAGCACCAGCGGCUGAACCUCCCUCCAGGAAGCGGCGGACAACAGGGAGGACAACCACAGCACCGGACGCCGCCGUCCCGGGCCCGGACACGGCGUCUUCGGCGCUCCCACCGCUCCCCUCCGCCUUCCACGACCUGUACGCCUCCACCGUGCGCCCUUCCCCCGUGGACGACCCCUCCCUGCACCAGGGCCGCCGCCGCCAGAUCCCCCACGUCGCCGGCAACUGGCCCUCGCACAUCUACGUCGAGUGGCACCCGCCGGCCGGCGCCCACGCCCUGCUGCACGGCCUGCUCUCUGCCCUGGGCGCCGAGCUCAGGUCGCCAUCAGCAGAAUCAUCAUCACCCAUCGAGCUGAGCACCUUCCUGACCUCAGACCUCGGCGCCCCGCUGCCCCUGCAUGUCAGCCUCUCGCGGCCCUUCGUGCUGCGCACCGACGAGAAGGACGCCUUCCUGGAGCAGCUGGGCGAGGCCGUCCGCGGGAGCGGCGUCGCGCCGUUCGAGCUGCGCGCGCCGGCGCUGGCGUGGCAUCGCAGCCCGGACUCGAAUCGCUCGUUCCUCGUGCUGCGCGUGCGGAGCAGCAGCAGUAGCGGCAACCGCGGCGGGUCGAGGCCAGAUGGACAGGCGCCCGGGCCGCACAACAGGGAGCUGGCCACGCUGCUGGAGCGCUGCAACAAGCUGGUCGCCUCCUACGGGCAGCCGACGCUGUAUCAGCAGAAGCCGGGGGCGGAGGGUGGUGACGGCAGUGGUUCAGCUACCGAUGCGUUCCACAUUUCCAUCGCAUGGUCGUUUGCGGAGCCCACGGCCGAGCUGAGGGACCGAACCGCGGCUGUCUUUGCGAGGGAUGAGUUCAGAGACGCCAUACCUGAAAUCCCCGUCUCGGUGAAUGAAAUCAAGGUCAAAAUUGGUAAUGUCGUUACGAAUGUCACAUUAAAAGGUUACAGUAAAGGAGGCGACAAAAGCGGGCAAAGGAAGAGUUUAUUCGGCGUUUAG